GAAUGAUAACAACCGAAAUUUGGAUUAGCAUGUGUAGUCAGUACCUGUCAGACAAGUGAAGCAGCACGUAGCCGAACACAUUAUUGGUUUGCUGUGAAAGCUAAGAGAAAACACUGCAGCAGGUACAAGCAGCAGCAGCAGCAGCAGCAGCAGCAGAAGCAGAAGCAGAAGUAUGUCGGUCGACAGCGUGUUUAGGACCCGCUCUCUUGGUGUGGCCGCCGAGGGUCUUCCUGAUCAGUAUGCCGACGGCAAAGCAGCGAAAGUCUGGCAGCUGUACAUCGGAGACACGCAGAGUAGGACGCAGGAGUACAAAAGCUGGGUGGUGUCUUUGCUGAAAGAGCAUGGGGUUCGGAGAGUGCUGGAUGUAGCCUGCGGAACAGGAGUUGACUCCAUUAUGUUGGUGGAGGAGGGCUUUAAUAUGGUGAGUGUGGAUGCCAGCGACAAAAUGCUCAAGUACGCGCUGAAGGCGAGAUGGGAGCGUAGAAAAGAAACAGCUUUUGAUCAGUGGGUUAUUGAAGAGGCCAACUGGCUGUCUUUAUCAGAAGACAUUCAGAAACCAGGGGAUGGCUUUGAUGCUGUUAUCUGCCUUGGCAACUCAUUCGCCCAUUUACCAGACUUUAAAGGGGACCAGAGUGACCAGAAGUUGGCCCUUCAGAACAUUGCCAGUAUGGUCAGACCCGGUGGGAUCCUCAUCAUUGACCACCGUAACUAUGACUAUAUCCUGGAGACUGGGAAGGCGCCACAAGGCAAAAACAUCUACUACAAGAGUGAUCUAACUCAGGACAUCUCCACCUCGGUGCUGUGGGUCAACAGUAAGCCUCAUAUGAUCACUCUGGACUACACUAUCCAUGUGCCCCAGGCCGCCCUGCAGAAUCUUCCUGAAGUCAGUAAAUUCCGUUUGUCCUACUACCCUCACUGUCUGGAGAGCUUCAAAGGUUUGCUGAAUGAGGCCUUCAACGGCAAAAUGGAGCACAGCGUCUACGGAGAUUUCCAGACGUACAUCCCUGGCCAGAGCCAGGCUCCCUGCUACUUCAUCCAUGUCUGUAAGAAGAAAGCCUAACAGCCCUAGCAACCAACUCACUACACACACACACACACACACACACACACACACACACACACACACACACACAGCUAGGAAAAUAAUGAAGGUUUUCUUUAAGUCCCAACAUGCACUUACAGUCCUUCAGAUUUAGGCAAAAUCAUAUUUGAAGAUUUCAUCUUAGAGUUUUUAGAAAAAAAAAAUGAAGCAACAGUUUUUUAGUCUUUGGAGACUUUACCUCUUAAGUCAUGAGAACAUAGAGAUUAAUGUCAUCCAUGUGUCCCUAACAGACUGUGACUGCAUCAUUACUGUAUAAACAAUAAGAAAGACUUUUUAGGAGAGUGUAUUGACAGUGCUUUUUAUGGCCUGGAAAGUUGUAUAUCAUACAAUUUGGCUUUAGAGCUGCUACAAGUUUAAAUUUUCUCUAGUAAUUUUAAAAUCAAGUGGCUAAAAUGUCAAAGCAACAGAGCCUCUUCACUUCACCUGGAACAACUGGUUGAUUUUGAUCUCUAUAUGUUCUCAUAGCAUAAACUGACGUGACUAGUAUCAGUCUAAAAUAGGUCAACUAGUUUUAAAGAAUAUAUUCAAAGUUUAUCGGACCACUGUUUUGUCCACAUCUGGUAUUUUCCCUACAUGCUGUGUGCUUCUUUUGUGUUUCCUCGUUUUCUGUUUCCCGCCUUUCAGAACUUUGAUAUCAACAUGGUGCUGUACAUUAGUGAUAUUCCUCAUGCUGGAAUACUUGCUGUUAAGUCGCCAGUAAUGUACUAAGAUAUAUUCUUAGACAGCUGUAUUUUCUAAGUUUACCACAAGGGUCUUAAAAACACAGAUGAAGUAUUUGUGUUUUGUGAAUGAGGUAGUCGUUAUUUUUCAUGUAUUUUCAAACUGGAAAGGAAGAAAAAAAGCUGAUUUCAUUCUGUCCUACUGCCGUCAUGGAAGUUCAGGCAAAUCUUUGACAGGCACAGUGUGACAGCAAUUUGAAUAGUUUAAGUGAAUGGCCUUAUUUUUAUAAGAGUCCCCACAUUAUUCAGUUCAUUUGCACAAUGCAUAAUCACUGACGUCAGUUGAAUAAGACCAGGGUACAGCUAUUGAGGCCUGUGAAUCACAUUAGUGUUAUUUUAACCUGAUUGGGCAGAAUGGGAAGUACUUACCUGUCAGUCAGUCAGAUAAAGAAACUUCAACCCUGAAGUGUCCUUGAGCUCCUCACUAAAUCACUACCAGCACCAGAUCUAAUUGACCUCUGACCUCUCUGAAGCUGGGGAACAAAACAGAGAGAUUUUCCACUAAAACCUGCUCUUGAAAGAGUCUGGUUGUGGCUUUUCGAAACUGAAUAGAAAUUGCAUUCAUUUUGAUCUCUACUUUCUCUUAUUUUGUGGUAAUAUUAAGUGUACUUUGAGCAAAAACAGCCCUUACAUGUUCUGGUAAUGUCCUCCAAUUAACCUGCAACAGGCAGUGAGUUUCUAUUUUAAGUGACAAGAAAAACUAAAGCCCUGUUUCUCCAAAAAUGGGGUUUAGCAAACUGAUCAGAAAUGCAAACAGCUGCAUUACAGUAGUAACAUGGAAUACUCAGAACCCUUGAAAAUGUGUUAUCAACCAAAGAUGUUUAAGAAUUGUUUUUUUGGCACAAACUUGCAAUUGUUUUGUUUCAAAAGAAAGAAAAAAUUAAGUGUAAUUCAGUUGUGCUUCACAGAUGUAUUGUGCAGUGUCUCAAAUAAUUGAAUUUACCAAAAUGAGGGGGGAAGAUGAUGGAAGAAUAAUUUAUUUUGCUGUAUUUUCCAGGUCCAAAUACAUUUUGCUUUGAUACCAAAUUAAAAAUGUGUUUUUUUUUUGUUUUUUUUUUAUUAUUGGAAUGAAUACAGAGUUCCACCACAGAGAAAUCAAAUAUUAUCACUGCCCCUGCUGUUUGCCUAAACAAGGCCACUUGGUGCAUUCAGAUGCUGUGCCAGUGCCUCUUGUAAAACAAAGUGUACGGUACGCGCUCGUUUGUGAUUCAGCUGACAUGAACAGUAGGUUCAGAAUAUGGUGAGGGUGAGAAUGGCUGAAUGUUUGUGUGGGUUUGGAUGUUUAUGUAGAGAUGAAACUAUCUCAGAACAGUCUUAUGUUGACAAUUCUCUUAAUAAGUGUAAAAAUUUUAUAAAGUUUACUGCUUAUGUGAUUAUUGGAAUUCUUUUGCAUGAUAUUAAAAAAUUGAAAUAAGCA